CUCCAUACUCUUUGGUACACUCGACCGCGUUGUUGAGAUUCAGUUGUAUUUCAAGGAAAAAAUAAUUAAAUGCUUAUAAAUAAAUAGAACGCAUGACAAAUAUGAAAUAUUUAUAUUUAUCGUGACGACCGAUAGUUGCAUUAGUUAUCUUCGUUAGAAGUAUAUAUGUUUUGUGGUUCUAGUCAGAAAUGUUACUUAGUGACCUGCCAUAUGAUAUAGAGUUUUUCUACAACUUAUACGUGAUAAUCAUUGAGGAAUUGUUGUUGUAUUUUAAAAAUUUCGCUCUUUAUAUAAGCUUAUGGCUGUGUAUAUAUGUGUUGGUGAGUUUUGUGGUGUAUCGGCGGUAUGCAAGACGGCCACAGACAAAGAGUCGAGGAGAUUUAGGCGCGAAGAGAGUGCUGGUCGUAGUAGCGCACCCGGAUGACGAAUGCAUGUUUUUCGGGCCCACAAUCUUUAGAUUGUGCGAGCAGGGUGCUGACGUGCAUGUGCUGUGCUUAUCUAAUGGUAAUUAUGAAGGCAAAGGCCGUUUGAGACGGAAGGAGCUAUGGGAUGCUUGCAAUGAGCUUGGUGUCCCAGAUGAGAACAUAUGUUUAAUAAUGGAUGAUAGACUGCAAGACAAUCCUAAGAUUCAUUGGCCAAUACGUGUAUUGGCUAAGCUUAUUCAUUACCACAUAGAGUCCAUGGACAUUGACACCCUCGUUACAUUUGAUCAAAGAGGUGUUUCCGGACAUGCCAACCACAUUGCUCUGUUCCAUGCUAUUGGUUAUAUGUUUAUGAAGAAGUUGGUACCACAAAAAUGUACUGUGUACACACUAGAUACAGUGAAUAUGUUCAGGAAAUACAUUGGAUUCCUGGACCUACCACUUAGUUUCCUGUUGUCUUCUAAGAGAUUCCACUUUUUACGUUGGACUGAGAGUCGGCGCAUAGUUCGAGCAAUGAAGAGACAUCGUUCGCAAAUGGUUUGGUUCCGUUACCUCUACGUGUUCUUCUCAAGGUAUAUGAUCAUUAACACGCUGCGGAGAAUCAGGAUAGGCAGCAGACAGAAAACUUGAGCCAGAAGUUCACCUUAUAAGUACAAAGACUUUGAAAAUAAAACAAUAAGGUAUGUUAAUGUUAUAGUAGACAUUUUGUAAGCAAAAAUAGGAAGCUAGAUUUUAUAACAUUUUUAUAAUGUUCCAAAAUCGUUGUGGCCAAUUCUGUUCUCAAAAUGGCGCUGAAAUAUGGCGGCUAGAUGACAUUGACAUCGCGUUUUAAAAAUAGUGUUAUUGUC